AUUUCCGGGAAGGCCACUUGUACGUUCUCUUUACAUGCGAGCCUGACACAGAUAGGCGUAAGUUGCCAUGCCCGUCGCCAGGACUUGGGUUUGUAGUAAGACAUACGUCACACCCAGACGUCCCUUCGAGAAGUCACGUCUCGACCAAGAGUUGAAACUUAUUGGCGAGUAUGGCCUCCGGAAUAAGAGAGAGGUCUGGAGAGUAAAGUUCACACUGGCCAAGAUCCGCAAGGCUGCCAGAGAGCUUCUCACUCUAGAUGAGAAGGAUGCUAGGCGUCUCUUUGAAGGUAACGCCUUACUCAGGCGGCUGGUGCGUAUUGGAGUGCUGGAUGAGGGGAAAAUGAAGCUCGAUUACAUUCUGGGCUUGAAAGUGGAAGACUUCUUGGAAAGGAGGCUGCAGACUCAGGUCUUCAAGCUGGGCCUGGCCAAGAGCAUCCACCAUGCCCGUGUGCUCAUCCGUCAGAGGCACAUCCGGGUGCGCAAACAGGUUGUGAACAUCCCCUCUUUCGUGGUAAGGCUGGACAGCCAGAAGCACAUUGACUUCUCUCUCCGCUCUCCAUAUGGUGGUGGUCGCCCUGGCCGCGUCAAGAGAAAGAACGCCAAGAAGGCCCAGGGUGGUGCCGGAGGUGGUGGUGAUGAAGAGGAGGAUUAAAUGCAAUGCUCUUGGGGAGGGAUAAAGUUCAUGCUUUUCUCUCUUGCUCAAGUUUUCAAUAAAAUGGUUUAUUCUAAA